AUGGUGCUCGCUGCUGGGGGUGGAAAGUCCGGUGGUCCCACGGGCGGUGGUUCCACUUCGACCGGGGCGAGCACCACGACCUUCCGCACCCUGGGUAAGCGCUCUGUUCAAGAGCGCCACAACAGCGAGGAGUGCCACGAGACGGGCAUUGGCGGGAAAUCAACCAUCAACAUGGAGAUGUCCGGACAAAACCUCUUCGACGCGCUUGACACUGCGCUGGUGCCCAAGGCGGCGAAGGCCGCGCUGUUGGGCCUUUUGCUGCAGCUCAUCAGCCCCGACGUGUGGUCUAGGAUGAAGUAACUGUUUUAUCGAUGCGUAGCCUUGGCAUCGGGUUGAGAGCAGGAGGCAUGGGCUCUGCGUCUUUAUUUCUGAGUGAGGUUCUUCCUGUUUUGUUUUUUUUUGCCUUCCGACCAUUGCAGAUGUACCUCAGACAACUUUUAUAUAAUGUCUCAUACUCUAUAUGAUUAUUAAACCAAUACGAAGUACAACAACACAUGUAGGACUUAUUUCUACUGUCACUUACAUCGUAAAAAUAUCUCCUCUUCCACUUGAAAUAAAACCAAUGACAAUCCUCAUGGUAUCCUAUAUGCGUUCGUAAGCUUGCAAAAAUACUACUGCGUUGAUGUCCUCUCAUAAAAGCUGAAAUCCAACAAAUGCUUUGAUCCAUGCUACAUCUCCGUGUUGGAAAAGCCCUUUCUUCUCCGUUCAUGAUAACAUCUUACCCUAUUCUACGCAAAUCUGUCACAUCUACUCUCAAACAAGACGCCAACUUCAAACGAAAACGCGUUCUACGAUGCGUCUACACUCCAUCCCCAUAUCAUUGGCGUUGACUGGUCCGAGGUCGAUCUUGUUCGCCUGUUUUCGGCGUCUUGACGCCCGCGCAAUGCGAGCUUGUACCUCUGCACUCGCCGAGAUAUGGCCACCUGUGUAGCCACCGAAACGAUCUGAAGAAGUCGUUCCUUGAAGACUCCUUUCAGAGCCAUCGUUCCUCCGUCCCUUCCUCCCACGGCAUGUGUGGCAAGUUCAUCGAUGAGCUCGUAACCCUCCUCUACAAGGCGGCCAAAGCUUUCCACGGCUAAGGUGGUAGGUUUAUAGCUGCGUUCGUCAAAGGACACGUGUCCCGGACGAGCGUAGUGAUGACGCUUUCGCGCCUCGGAUGCUUGGGCUGCGGUUCCAUCGCUGGUCGCGCUGCCGUUCCGCAAGUGUACCUGUGCUUGCGGGUCUGCGUGUGGGACAUCGAGGAGUAUUCCUUUGUUGCGGUACCCCGGAGAAGAUGCGUUCGUGAGGGCUCCUGGCCUGAUGACGAUGUCCAUGCUCAGGUUCCUUUCCCCUGUGAACGGUGCCCCGCUUUCAACGUCGUGUUUGACGCGAAGGCCGUUGAGUGCUCUCGAUAGUGCGUAUUUUAACGGCUCGUGCAUGUUGACCUGUGCUCCAUCCCUUGGAC